UUUAUUAAACUUUCGAUUCCUUUUGGUUUUGGGCACCAGUGACAAAAGAAGAAAGGAAACGCCAAAGAAACAAAAGAAGAAUAAACGCAGAAGAACGGAGAAGAAGGAAGAAUUGGAAAACGUAGAAGAAGGGGUAAAGAUAAGCUGUCGUCUGUGGAGGACCUUACAAAAUUUAUCCGUACCACGAAAGAGAAGGGUUUCUAAUUCUAGCACACCUUCACUCGUUAUAAUUUCUCGCCUGAACCAAGCAAUGUUUUCAAAAAUCCACAAAGCAACCGAUAAGACUAGGAGAUUCUUACAAAACAAAGCUACUGUUACGUACCAGCUGUCCUACCAGAUUGGUUCUAGCUUUUGAAUUUGCUUAAGAGUUUAUCUUUAUCUUAGCUAUUGAUUGUUAUCUAAUAUUUCAAGUAUUUGUUAUUUAAUGGGAUAACAAUUGCCUUUAUCCUUAUCAGAUUAGUAGGCUAGAUUGUAGGAAUUGUUUCUAUCGUUUAGGUGUUGGAUUUGUUUUUACGUUCAGUUGUAAGGCCUAUUAUGAUUAAUAAAGGGAUAUGAGAAUAUUUUAGUAAAAAUCAAGCUUUGCUUGUUAAGGAGGUCUUGGUUAUCCCUCGAAGUAUAACUAUAAAUUUCCUCUUGUCUGCUGUUUUAUUUCUGAAAAUCCUUAAAUCUAACCAUAGCCCCUCGAGGGAAAAGAGGAUCUGCACGCGGCCAUGGAGGGGGUCAUAACAGCUACCUUGUUUGUUAAGGCACCUAAGCAUGACUAAGAACAACUCCAAAGUUCAGGCUCUCUAUGACCACUGCAACAACACCUUCACUCCCUCUACCUCUCCCUCUCCUCAAGCUUCCCAGAGUAUCUGUUCUCUUCUGGACACACUUGGUCCAGCUGAUGUUGGGCUUAAAGUGGAACUUUCGGAUGAUGAUCUAGAACAUGGAAAUUUUGGAAUUAACCAACUAGACAGGGCAGAACGACGGGCACAACCAAUAACUUAUUUGGAAGUAUAUAAAUGUCAUAGUUCUACUAUGUGUAUAUUUUGCCUUCCUACUUCCGCAGUUUUUCCACUCCAUAACCAUCCUGAGAUGACUGUUUUUAGCAAAGUUCUCUAUGGCUCUGUGCAUGUGAAAGCUUAUGAUUGGGUUGAGCCUGCCCAAAUCCAGGAAACAAAAGGACCUAGUUCCUUUCCAGUAAGAUUGGCAAAGUUGUCGGCUGAUAAAGUUUUGACAGCACCAUGUGAGGCCACAGUUUUGUACCCAAAAAGUGGGGGUAAUUUGCAUUGUUUGACUGCAGUCACCCCUUGUGCUGUACUUGACAUCCUCUCACCUCCAUACAGAGAAGAACCAGGCAGAAAAUAUAGCUACUACCAUGACUACCCCUACUCUACCUUCUCAGGAAAUAGAGCUUUUAUAGAAACACCAGAUGGGAAAGAAGAGGACUAUGCAUGGCUUGCAGCGAUAGAAACACCAGAUGAUCUCAAUAUCUGCGACGGAAAAUAUGCUGGCCCAGCCAUUGAGCUCUAGCUGUCUCAUCACUUUUGUUUAGAUAAUUCAAAAUUCUCAUUUGCGUUCAGUUCUAGCUUUGGACCAUAGAAAAUGUUAAUGCCUUGAUUCCUGCCAUAGUCUUACAAAAGAGGUACUAUAAAAUGCUGAUGCAGGGUGCUUUAUAGAUGAUCACCUACCGAACUUUAACAUGAAGUCAUUUCGAAAUCCAUCUCUAUUCUCCAAGUUAAUUGGCCAUUUUGGUUAUUAUUCAAGGAUUUCAAUCACGUCAAUAAUGAUUUGUUUAUUUUUGGUCUUCC